AUGAAUACCGCAAAGAGAUGGGGCGGGUCGGGUCGGGAAUCAAGCAUCGUUGAAAGGCUAAAAUCCAUGGCACUGGAUGGUUUCGGAGGCAAAGGGCAGAAGUCAUGGACCGCUGAAGAGAAGCGGAAGGAUCGUAAGGCUCUGUCUCUGAUUCAACUUCAUCUACAUAAUGAUAUUUUGCAAGAAGUGCUGCAGGAGAAAACUGCCGCAGAACUUUGGCUCAAGCUGGAAUCGAUCUGCAUGUCCAAGGAUCUAACCAAUACCAUACUAUUAAGCCGUAAUGAACCAACCCUUGCGGAAGUAUAUGAGGCCCUCCAGACGAGUGAGAAGAUGAAAGGUAUGGUUCAAUCUGACGUGUCGUCCUCCAAGGGUGAAGUGUUGCAGGUUAGAGGCAGGCCCGAGCAGAAAACCUACAACAACAAUAAUAAUCGAGACAAGAGCAAGAACGGUAAAGGCCGUUCGAAGUCCAGAGGCAGAGAUAAGUUCUGCAGAGAUUGGUUCAGUUCUUAUGAGUCUGUGCAGAGUGGAGAUGUCGUGCGUAUGGGAGAUAACAACCCAUGUGAGAUUGUGGGCAUCGGCUCCGUUCAGAUCAAGAUGCAUGAUGGCAUGAUACGCACACUAAAAGAUAUGAGACACAUACCAGGGAUGGCCAGAAAUCUCAUCUCCCUCAGGACACUUGAUAUCGAGGGGCAUUUUUGGGCUGAGGCUGCUAACACCUCCUGUUACUUGAUCAACCGGUCACCUUCUAUCCCACUUAAUAAGAAAACUCUCAUUGAGGUAUGGUUUGGUAUACCUGCUGAUUAUUCACAGUUGAGAGUUUUUGGUUGCAUUGCUUAUGCUCAUGUUGAUAAUGGAAACUUGUCUACAGAUGUUUCUCCAGUUGGUUCUGAUGAGGAGCAGCAACAUGUGAACGUGCAGGUGAAGCACGUAGAUGACCAGGAAACUGAAAUUAUUGAUAAUAAUGUUCAUGGUAUUGUUCAGCACUCACCUCCUGUUUUACAACCUCAAAAUCAGUUUAUUGUAGAUCGUAGAACAAAAAGAAAUUGUGGACCUCGUCCAUGUUUAAUUGAGGAAUGUGAUAUGGUUCAUUAUACUUUUAGUUGUGCUGAACAGGUGGAGAACAUUCAUGAGCCGGCUACGUACACUGAAGCUGUUGUUUCUGGUGACCGCGAGAAGUGGAUUUUCGGUAUGCAAGAGGAGAUGCAGUCACUCGAGAAAAAUGACACAUGGGAUGUUGUGCGCUUGCCUAAACAAAAGAAGGCCGUUCGUUGCAAAUGGAUCUUCAAGAGAAAGGAGGGUUUAUCUCUCACUUUACAAUGUGCUAGUACGGAUGAGGAUUUUGAGUACAUGUCAAGAGUUUCAUAUUCUAGUGCUGUUGGUUCUUUGAUGUAUGCCAUGGUUUGCUCUCGUCCUGAUUUAUCAUAUGUUUUGAGUUUGGUUAGUAGAUACAUGGCUAAUCCUGGUAAAGAACAUUGGAAGGUUGUUCAGUGGAUUUUCUGGUACCUUCGUGGCAUAAUAAAUGCUUGUUUGAAGUUUAGCAAGGCUGAUAAGGGACUCAUUGGCUACGUGGAUUCAGAUUUUGCUGUCGGUUUGGAUAAGAGGAGAUCUCUCACAGGUUAUGUGUUCACUAUUGGUGGUUAUGCUGUGAGUUGGAGGGCAACAUUGCAGCCCGUUGUUGCCCUGUCUACUACUGAAGCAGAAUACAUGGCUGUUGCUGAAGCAUGUAAAGAAUCGGUUUGGUUGAAAGGACCACAAGGGUGGCUUUCAAAGGCUGCUCGUGCUCGAGCUCGAGGUAUGGAGAGUGCGCGGAAGCGAACAUGA